UUUUCACUUGUGAAAGACAUAGAAUUAAUGCUAGCUAAUCUUAAAUUGCAGGCAAUGUUUUAAUUAUAUCUGAAUUUAGCUACUUAAAUAUUUCUCCAUAUUAUUGUUAAAUAUUUGUAAUUACAGCUUAGUGAUCGUGUAUGUGCUAUUGAGUAGCUAUUUUUUUUUACUUUUUUUUAAUUUUUAGUUUUUAAUUUUAUAUUUUGAGAUAUUCUCAUGUUAUAGCCGUAACUGGCCUAGAACUCACCAGACAGUCCAGACCUUGAACUUUGGGACCUCUUUGAUGGUAUGUGCCACCAUGCCUGGUUGAGUUCCUAUAUCUUGAUGAUAUUCAUUUCCUGAUCAUUAAAAACUAAGUAGCUUGGGGAUGGUGAGUUGCCUCAGUGGGUAAAGGUGCUUAUUCCUGAGCUUGGUACCUGGAGUUCCAGUCCCAGGACACAUAGGGUAGACAGGGAGAACUGACUCCUGCAUGUUGUCCUGUGACCUUCAUGCACACAUACACUGUGGCACACAUGUCCCUACACAUACUUAAUAAAUAUAUUUAAACAGAACUUAAAGAGAAGAAAGUAGUCCCGCUCCCAAAACUAGGUAACUUGAAGCUUGGUGUGGUAAUGUCCAUCAGCAGUUUUGGCAAGUUUGAGAUCAUCCUGGUCUACAUGGUUAGUUCCAGGCUCGCCACGGCCAUGUAGUGAGACUCUGGCUCAAAGAACUGAAACCAAAGAAAUAAAACCUUAACAGAGUCUUAAAUGUGAGUAGAAUGUUUUUCAUAUGUUUGGCUUUUUACAUUCUGUAGCCCAGACUGACCUUGGAUACCUGAUUAUUUAUCCUUCACUUCAGUAGUGCUAGAAUUGCAGACAUGAGCUACCAAGCUUAGUUUUUAUUCUAAGAGUAAAUGAGGAGGUGACUUAAUGGAUAAAACACCAAGCAUAGGAAGAGACCUGAGUUCAGAUCCCCAAAGCUCAUGUAAAAAGCUGGGCAUGGUAGUCGUAUCUGUAAUUUCAGUGUUCCUACUGUGAGAGGGGUUGGAGACUUGAGACCAGCUAGCCUGGGAGAGGUAGUGGGAGAUGCAGAAAACAAGGAAGGACUGAUAACCAGUGUUGUCCUCUGACCUCAAAACACUUACCAAGGCAUGCACCUGUUAGUUACACACAUGCACAUACACAACACAAACACUUUUUUACAGAUUGAUAAAAUUAAGGAGACUAGAGAAAUGGGUCAGUUACUGGCAGUAAGUAUUGCUCUUUCAGAGGACUCAAUUUAGUCCACAGCAGCCACAUCAGGAGGCUGAUCACCUCCAAGGACAUCCACACAUUAGUGGCAUGCACUCACUCAGAUACAUAAACACACGAUUGAAAAUAAAUUAGAAAAAAAAAUGGUGAGAACCAGUGUAAACCUAGGAGGCUGAGGUUGGAAGAUUUCUGCAAGUGAAGGCCAGUCUGGGCCACUGGAGUUCUUAACUAAAGGAAGGAGAGAAAAGAGAAUUUAAGAGAAUUAUUUUAAAUGUGAGAAAACUAAAAUGAGUAUGGUUGGAUAUGCCUGUAAUCCCAGAUCACCUUGCUUUUUUUUCCCCCCCUUUCCUUUGUUUUGUUUUUCAAGACAGGAUUUCUCUGUGUAGCUUUGGCUCCUGUCCUGGAACUUGCUCAAACUGAAGAGAGCUGCCUGCCUCUGCCUCCCAAGCACUAGGAUUAAAGGCAUGUGCCACCACCACCCAGUUACCUUGUUUUUCGUAAAGUGAAAAAAUGCCUGGGUUUCUAGUACAUCCCUGUAGUCCCAGCUGCUUAGAAGACUGAAUUGUGAUAAUCCCUUAAGGAAUUAGAAGCUAGUCUAGAAAACCUUAGUGUUAUGACCCUUUAUCAAAAAAGCAUGAGGGAAGUGUCUGAGAUGGCUCAGCUUAUAAGGGUGCUUGUUAGAUGACCCCUGUGCCAUCCCUGGAACCCAACAUGUAGGAGAACUAACUCCUGACCAUACUUGAGGUUCUACGCCCACCAUAGAAUACAUAAAUAAUAAUUUUUUUAAAAGCUUGAGGGACUGGGGUGUUGCUUGAUUUUUUUGCUAGAGGUUCAUACAGCCUGCACAAAGGUGAGUUUGAUCUCAAUACCAGGCAUAAGGAUCAGUUGUUUCAAGGUCAUCAUCAUCUUUGACUACCUAGUGAGUUUAAGACCAGCCUUGGAUCUUAAACUUGUGAUCUUUUUCCAAGAAAAAAAAAUAUUUUUGGGAGUGUCCUGGAGUCCGAGUGCUACGGCCGCAGCCUGUACGUCCUGAAGAAUGAAGAUUUGAAAGCAAGGCCAUGGCUAAACACCUGAAGUUCAUUGCCAGAACUGUGAUGGUUCAGGAGGGGAACGUGGAAGGUGCAUACAGGACCCUGAACAGAAUCCUCACUACCGAUGGGCUUACUGAGGUCAUAAAGUGGCGACGUUUCUAUGAGAAGCCCUGCCGCCGCCGCCAGCGGGAGAUCUAUGAAACAUGCCGGAAGAUCUACAACAUGGAAAUGGCUCGAAAGAUUAACUUCUUGAUGAGGAAGAAUCGGGCAGAUCCAUGGCUGGGCUGCUAAGGCCCACAUUAGUUCUGUGUCUGACUGUUCUUACACAACCCCAAUCUCUGUUACCUUUCUCUACAAUAAACUCGAUCACGCGUGAACAAGAAGGCCAAACAAACAAAAAAAUAUUUUUCAUUUACAUUUUUUUUGUUGUUAGCUCACAUUUAAUUACUAAGUGGACAUGGUACAUCUCUAGUUCCAGCAAUCCUGGAAGCUGAAGCAGGAUUGAAUUUGGGCAACAGUAUCCAGAAAAAAAGAAUAAAAACCAAGACAUUUCCAAGAAGUGAUUGGUCACCUAGCUAUUUUGUGGUAGAGUUGAGUGGAGUUUUCUUCAUAUAACGAGGUUAGAAACUGAAAGCCUUUGUGUGAUAUAAAGGAAUUUUCAAGAUUGUGAAAUGCUUUGCAAACCAGCAGUAGAAGCGUCAUCUUAUUUUGUAGACUAACGGAAACUGAAGGGCUACCUGUCAUCUUUUAACUGUCAGAAAGCAGGUUUUCAAUUUCUAAUAAUUGAGUGCAUCCCAGGGAAUCAUUCAUUCCUUACAGAUCAUAUGGCAUUGUUU